AGCAUUGUGUGGAGGAAGUCGGCCUGGGGGCGGCCUGCGCUGGGCAGCCAAGGCCGCGGGGGGCAGCGCAGGCUGCUUCGACCACCCGAGGACGGCGCAAUGGGAGACGAGAUGGACGCCAUGAUCCCCGAACGGGAGAUGAAGGAUUUUCAGUUUAGGGCCCUGAAGAAGGUGAGAAUCUUUGACUCCCCUGAGGAGUUGCCCAAGGAACGUUCGAGUCUGCUUGCCGUGUCCAACAAGUAUGGCCUGGUCUUCGCUGGUGGAGCCAGCGGGCUGCAGAUUUUCCCUACUAAAAAUCUUCUUAUUCAGAAUAAACCUGGAGACGACCCCAAUAAGAUCGUUGAUAAAGUCCAGGGCUUGCUGGUUCCUAUGAAGUUCCCCAUCCGUCACCUCGCCCUGAGCUGUGACAACCUCACACUCUCCGUGUGCAUGAUGUCCGGUGAAUACGGUUCCGUCAUCGCUUUUUUCGAUGUUCGCACGUUCUCGAACGAGGCCAAGCAGCAGAAACGCCCAUUUGCCUAUCAUAAGCUUUCGAAAGAUGCAGGCGGCAUGGUGAUCGACAUGAAGUGGAACCCCGCUGUCCCCUCCAUGGUGGCCGUGUGUCUGGCAGACGGCAGCAUCGCUGUCCUGCAAGUCACCGAAACAGUGAAAGUGUGUGCGACGCUUCCCUCCACGGUAGCGGUGACGUCUGUGUGCUGGAGCCCCAAAGGGAAGCAGCUGGCCGUGGGGAAGCAGAACGGGACCGUGGUCCAGUAUCUCCCCACGUUGCAGGAAAAAAAAGUCAUUCCUUGUCCUCCGUUCUAUGAGUCAGAUCACCCGGUCCGAGUCCUGGACGUGCUGUGGAUCGGUACCUACGUCUUCACGAUCGUGUACGCCGCCGCGGACGGGUCCUUGGAAACGUCUCCCGACGUGGUGAUGGCGCUGCUGCCGAAAAAGGAGGAAAAGCACCCCGAGGUGUUCGUGAACUUCAUGGAGCCCUGCUACGGCUGCUGCACGGAGAGGCAGCACCACUACUAUCUGAGCUACGUCGAGGAAUGGGAUCUGGUGCUGGCGGCGUCUGCGGCCUCCACAGAAGUCAGCAUCCUCGCUCGACAGGGCGAUCAGAUCAAUUGGGAAUCUUGGCUGCUGGAGGAUUCCAGUCGAGCUGAACUGCCUGUGACGGACAAGAACGAUGACUCCUUGCCCGUGGGAGUGGCCAUAGACUACACCAACCAAGUGGAAGUCACCAUCAACGAGGAGAAGACUCUUCCCCCUGCUCCAGUCCUCAUGUUACUCUCAACCGAUGGGGUGCUCUGUCCGUUUUACAUGAUCAAUCAAAACCCUGGGGUUAGGUCCCUCAUCAGGACGCCGGAGCGGCUCUCGUUAGAGGGGGAGCGACAGCCCAAGUCGUCAGGAAGCACGCCCACGACCCCAACCUCGCCGGCCCCGCAGAAGCCCGAGUUGUCGGCAGCUACGGCCCCCGUGUCCGUCCCGCCUUCCCUGCCGGCGGCCCCCACCUCCACCUUCUCCUUGCCCUCUGCUGUGGGGGCCCCUGGCGUGUUCUCCUUUGGUUCUUCACCGUCCUUGAAGUCGUCUGGGCCUGUCACCGCGGAGCCCCCUCCGUACCCCAGCAGCUCCGACGCCUCCAAGGCAGCCGUGGGCUCCGGCACGGCCUCCUUCUCGUUCGCGCCUCCUCAGGCCCCGCUGGCGCCCGCCCCCACGGCCCCCGCCAUGGCACCCCUGGCCGCCCCGUUCUCCUUCGGCUCAUCGGGCUUCAAGCCGACCCUGGAAAGCACACCGGUGCCGAGCGCGUCCACUCCAGGCGUGGGAAUGAAGCCCUCCUUCCCGCCUUCAGCCUCUGCAGUCAAGGUCAACCUUAACGAAAAGUUUACCGCCGCGGCCGCCCCCGCCAGCAGCUCCCCGGGCACGCCCCCGACGCUGCUGUUCCCCACCUCCAAGCCGGCUGCCCCUGGACCUCUCAGCCACCCCACGCCCCUGGCGGCAACACCGCUCGGCGCCUUGGCCUCGAAGCCCCCGGCCGCUCCCUCGGCGUCAGGGCGCGCGGCUCACGGCGGUGCAGGUCCGGCGCCCUCCGCGGGGCAGAAGGCGCCCAGGAUAGCCCCCCCGGUGGCGAAGUCAGGCUGCCCCCAGGCGAAAUCACUUCCGCCCCCUGCUGUGGAAAAGCAGGGACACCAGUGGAAAGAGUCCGAUCCUGUGAUGGUUGGAAUUGGCGAGGAGAUCGCGCACUUCCAGAAGGAGCUGGAGGACCUGAAGGCCCGCACUUCGAAAGCCUGUUUCCAGGUGGGCAGCUCGGAGGAGAUGAAGAUGCUGCGGACCGAGGCGGAUGACCUGCACACCUUCCUUUUGGAGAUCAAGGAGACCACGGAGUCUCUGCACGGGGACAUCAGCGCCCUGAAGACGGCCCUGCUGGAGGGCUUCUCUGGGGCCGAAGAGGCCCGGGAGCAGAACGAGAGAAACCACGACGCCGGCUACCUGCGCCUGCUCUACAAAAGGCCCCUGGACCCCAAGAGCGAAGCACAGCUCCAGGAGAUUCGGCGCCUUCACCAGUACGUGAAGUUUGCUGUGCAGGAUGUGAACGACGUUCUGGACCUGGAGUGGGACCAGCACCUGGAGCAAAAGAGGAAGCAGAACAGGCGCCUGCUUGUGCCGGAGCGAGAGACGCUGUUCAACACCCUGGCCAACAACCGGGAGAUCAUCAACCAGCAGAAGAAGAGGCUGAACCACCUGGUGGACAGCCUCCAGCAGCUGCGGCUGUACAACCACACGCCCCAGUGGAGCCUCCCCUCGGACGUCUCCUCCCAGAGCAGCACGCACAGUUUUGACAGUGACCUGGAGAGCCUGCGCAACGCUUUACUGAAGACCACCAUCGAAUCCCACGCCAGACCCUUGCCGAAGGUUCCAGCUAAACUGUCCCCUGUGAAACAGGCACAGCUGAGAAACUUCCUGGCCAAGAGGAAGACCCCACCCGUGAGAUCCACCGCUCCAGCCAGCCUGUCGCGGUCCGCCUUCCUGUCCCAGAGGUACUGCGAGGACUUGGACGAGGCCAGCUCCACGUCGUCCGUCUCCCAGUCCCUGGAGAGCGAGGACGCACGCACGCCCUGUAAAGACGAGGACGCAGCGGCGGCCGCCCAGGUCCCGCGGCACGCCCCCGUGGUCCGCACGCCCUCCGUCCAGCCCGGCCUCCUGGCCCAGGCGGCUGCUCCUUUCGCCAAAGCCCACCUGAGCCACGGUUCGCCUGGUGUGACGGGGACUACAGCAUCUCCGUCUGCUGGCAGAGUUCUCCCGCAGGGGGCUGACAGCACGAUGCUUGCAACCAAAACCGUGAAGCACGGGGCCCCGGGCCCCUCCCACACCAUCCCGGCACCCCAGGCGGCCGCCGCGGCUGCGCUGAGACGGCAGAUGGCCAGCCAGGCGCCAGCUGUGAGUACGUUGACUGAGUCGACUUUGAAGACUGUCCCCCAAGUGGUAAACGUGCAGGAACUGAAGAAUAACCCUUCACCCGCCUCUGCAGCGAUGGGAACUUCGGGGUCCUACUCUGCAGCCAAAACCCCUCACCCCGUGCUGACCCCGCUGGCCACUAACAACCAAGCUAAGCAGGGGCCGCUGGUAAACCCCCUCAAGCUGCCUGGGCCCGCGCCCGCCUCCACUCAGCUGCCGUCCAGCGACAAGGCUGCAGGGCCGGGGGCGACCAAGACGGAAACCGCCGUGACGUGCACCCCGUCUGCAGUCGGGCCGUUCGGCAAGACCUUCUCCUUCUCUUCGCCAGGGACCGGCUUCAGUUUCGGGAUAAUCGCACCGACGCCAUCCUCUAAUUUCACCGGCACGCAAGGGGCAGCACCCCCCGCUAAGGAGUCCAGCCAGCUGGACACGUUCUCGUUUGGCGGGGGCGGCAAGCCUUUACCUGAGACUGUUUCCGAAAGCUCGCCUCCCUCAGUGGUGACAGCAGCGUCGACCGCCCCUGGAGCUGCUCCCGCCCCCCCGGGAGAGCCUGCUGCGUCGAACGGCAGGCCUGCUCUCAGCACCCCUCCCGGCAAGCUGGAAACCCCGCCAUCCAAGUUGGGGGACCUGCUGUUCCCAAGCUCUUCGGCUGGCGAGACUCUCGGCAGCUUCUCGGGGCUGCGGGUCGGCCCAGCCGAUGACUCCGCGAAGCCCGCCGGUAAGGCUGCGUCCGCAAGCCUGACGAGCGCACAGCCGGCCAAGACCCCCCUCGUCCCCUCCGGGUUCACCUUCGCUGGCCCUCCCACCGUGGGCAAGCCCGCGGAGCUUCCCGCUGCCUCCUCUGGGGCUGCUGCCGCCCCCGCGCAGGUGCCGGCUGCCGGCACGAGCACGAGCGGGGCCUCGGCGGGCGUCUUCGGCGGCCUGCCCCUCACCAGUGCGGGGUCCUCCGGGCUCGUGAGCUUCAGUGGCCUCUCUCUGGGCGGCGGCAAGACUGGGUUUUCCUUCGGAAGCCAGCAGACGAGCCACACGGCACCCCCGUCGGCCCCUCCGUCAGCCACCGCUGCCCCGUCCCACCCCACGUCGUUCCCCGUGAUGUCGUGCGGCGGCAAGACUGGGUUUUCCUUCGGAAGCCAGCAGACGAGUCACACGGCACCCCCGUCUGCCCCACCGUCAGCCACCGCUGCUCCUUCCCACCCCACGUCGUUCCCCGUGAUGUCGUUCGGUGGCCUCCUGAGUUCAGCCCCCGCACCCACCCUCCCUGCGUCCUCUGCUAAAGGCACCGAGGAGGCGACGUCGGCGUCUGUGCCCGAGAAGCCAGGCAGCAGCGAGGUCUUGGCGGCGGCGGCCUCGCUUCCAGGGCCGCCACAGUCGGCCCCGCUUCCCCAGGCUCCUCUGCAGACCCCCGACUCCGUCAAGAAAGAGCCUGCGCCGGCCCAGCCCACGGGCAGCGGCCCUGGUGCCGCAGCGGCAAGCGCCAGUCUCCCGGCACCUCCUGCAGAGGCCGUGCCGGCAGCCCCCGAGGUCCCCGACGUCAAGGCAGAGGCGGCCUCUCCUGCGUCCUCCCUCUCGGCGCCUGGGCCGGCUGCCGUCACCGCAGCCCCAGCCCCAGCCCCAGCCCCAGGUGCAGGCCCUGUGACGGCAGAAACAUCAGGUGCCCCCGCGGCCACGAGCGCUGUUCCCAGUGCGGCCCCGAGCCCCGCCCCAGACACGGCGGUGUUCGGGGCCGUCACGUCUGGCUCCUCUGUCUUCACCCAGCCGCCUGCUGCCAGUGCCAGCUCAGCCUUCAGCCAGCUCACCAGCAGCACGGCCACCGCCCCCUCGGCUGCCCCUGUGUUUGGGCAGGCGGCAUCCAGCGCCGCACCGAGCCUGUUUGGGCAGCAGGCGGGCAGCGCGGCCAGCACGGCCACCGCCGCACCACAGGCCAGUGGCUCGGGGUUCGGCAGCCCGGCGUUCGGCACCUCGGCCACCACCGGGGUCUUCGGGCAGACGGCGGCCUUCGGGCAGGCCCCGGCCUUCGGGCAGGCGACGAGCGGCCCGGCGAGCAGCUUCUCCUUCAGCCAGCCUGCCUUCAGCUCCGGGCCCGCCUUCGGCCAGCCCGCGUCCUCCGCGCCCACGUCCACCAGCGGGAGCGUCUUCGGGGCCUCUUCGGGCUCCAGCAGCUCCAGCUCCUUCUCCUUCGGACAGUCGUCUGCCGGCGCGGGCGCGGGGGUGUUUGGCCAGAGCACCCCCCCUGCCUUCGGCCAGAGCCCUGGCUUCGGGCCGGGGGGCUCCGUGUUCGGGGGUGCCUCUGCUGCCACCACCACGGCGGCGUCCUCGGGGUUCAGCUUUUGUCAGGCGUCAGGUUUCGGGUCUAGUAAUACUGGUUCUUUGUUUGGUCAAGCCGCCAGUGCCGGGGGGACAGUCUUUGGCCAGCAGCCGCCGUCAUCCAGUGGCAGCGUGUUCGGGUCCGGAAGCGCUACGCGAGGCGGUGGCUUCUUCAGCGGCCUCGGAGGGAAGCCCAGCCAGGACGCAGCCAACAAAAACCCGUUCAGCUCGGCCGGCGGGGGCUUCGGAUCCACGGCCGCCUCGAGCACCUCUAACCUGUUCGGAAACAGCGGGGCCAAGACCUUCGGCAGCUUCGCCGGCUCCUCGUUCGGGGAGCAGAAACCCGCCGGCACCUUCAGCUCUGGAGGAGGAAGCGUGGCGUCCCAAGGCUUCGGGUUUUCCGCGCCGAACAAAACAGGUGGCUUCGGUGCUGCUCCAGUGUUUGGCAGCCCUCCUACUUUUGGGGGGUCCCCUGGGUUUGGAGGGGUGCCAGCAUUCGGGGCAGCCCCAGCCUUUACAAGCCCUCUGGGCUCGACGGGAGGCAAAGUGUUCGGAGAGGGCACCGCGGCGGCCAGCGCGGGAGGAUUCGGGUUCGGCAGCAGCAGCAGCACCACGUCUUUCGGGACCCUCGCCAGCCAGAACGCGCCGACGUUCGGGUCCCUGUCCCAGCAGACCUCCGGCUUCGGCACCCAGAGCGGGGGCUUCUCUGGCUUCGGGUCGGGCACAGGAGGGUUCACCUUUGGAUCCUCCAACUCGUCCGUCCAGGGCUUCGGCGGCUGGAGAAGCUGAGUGGGUGUCGUGUUCCUCCCAGUCCCUGGGCCCAGCUGCCUGCUCGGCUCCUGUUCGCCAAGCAGCACUGAAGCCGCCCUUCACGUGGACGUCCUCACCAGCACCCCCAGGAGGAGGCGGCGGGACCGGAGCCCACAGAUGCUUCUCCGCUGUCCCCCGACCCGCCCCCACCCCCCCGCACCCCUGCCAUUAAACCGUCC